AUGGAUAUUAUUACAAGUCGUGCGGUACCCAUGCGAUUGUUUGCCAAUUGGGAAACGGAUCGAACAAUUGCUUGUGCCGCACAACGAAUGUUUUCAAUGGCUUUAACUCGUUUAGUGUUAAAUGCAUUUUUUGGAAAUCAGUCCACGGUUGUCAUUACUGUUAAAUUACACGGUUCGAAACGAUCUCUACGUAGUAAUGAUUUUUUAAUUCAGUCCAGAAAUGGCAGAGUUGAUAUAGAUUUAAAUAUAUCAUUCACAAUACAGUACUCACAUUUCUUAAAGAGAAAAGGAAAUAUCUUACAUAUAUUGCUUCAAAGACGCAAACGCUAUAAAAAUCGGCCAAUUUUGGGUUAUAAGACGCUUGCUAUUGGUACAAUUAAUUUAUCGGAAGUGCUGCAAAAUUGUUCUGUUCAUGAGAUUGCACUUUUUGAUCCGAUCGUAGAAAAAGAAAUACAAAAUGUCAACCCGAUGGGACGACUUGUAAUUGGAUCUUGUCAAAGUCAACCAUUUGAAACUCAAAAUGAAAUGAGUGUAAGAAGGAUCAAAGAAAAGGGAUUAGAAAGUGAGGAUGAUGAUGACAUUUCAUCGGAUGGACGAGAAACAAAUGAUGAGCAGGAAUUGCAGGAUUCAGGUCGUUCUGUACCAAAGCAGAGAUACAAGUCACGGAAAACGCAGGAACGAAAAAUAGCGCGGAAGAAUUUGAAGCAAAAAUUCUCAUCUUUGUUAAAAAGAUUCAAAAUUUCGGAAGAAGGAGCUGUAGAUUCCACAUCACGAGCUGGUAGUGUUGCACCGACAGCACAGGAGCUUGAGGAGCUGUUCGAGGAAUUGGAUAAUUUAUCGGAUUCGGGACCAGAAAUGGUCAUGGAUAAUUUGAGUAUAGUAAGCAAUCCAAGACCUAGUUUACGGCCCUAUUUUGCUUCACGAGAAGUGUUACCAUCAAUCAGCGAUGAUAAAGACAAUACUGAAGAAACGGAUAGCGAUGAAGAAGUUAGCACCGACGUUGAUAAUCUGAUGGUCGCAUCAACUGCCGUAUUUGGUUCAACUGAAAAGAAUGAUCAGAAGGCGACAUUAGAAACAGUUUCAAAUAUUGCCACAGUGAGCAGUGUUCCUGGUUUUCAUUUUACCACUUCCAAUGUACCAGCCUCAGUUUCCGCUAUUUCAUUUCCUCUUUGUUCGCCAAAUCCCGAUCCUGCAGGAAAUGUUGCAAGACCACAUUGGCAUCCUGUACGUACAACUUCUGUCGUCGAUUGGUUAUCCUCUGUUGCACACGAAGAGUCGUGGAAUGUUAGUGAACCUCUAUGGUUAUGUGAUAGUUCUGAUACCCAGAUUCCAUCAUUUUUCGGUUCUGUUUUUCGGGUACUGGAUUGCUCAUCGUUCAACGAUUGCCGCUUAUUGAUCUCAUCGGUUGUUGCUAAAAUACAAAAAUUCUGUAACAGCUCAUCCGCAUCUCCACCUUGUACAGUUCUUGGUGUGAUUGGCUCAGAAAAAUUGGUUAACUUUGUUUUACGUGCCUAUGUUGAAUCGUUGCAAGAUAAAUCGGCUGAAUGGAUCAAUUUCCUGAGAUUUUGCGUGGUUACAUUACCUUCUAGUUCGCUGGGCAAAGUGCUUCAAGCUGGAUCUGGUAGUACAUGUGUACUAAGUGAACUUCUUAUGAAAAAUCCUGAUGAAUUUAUAUUGUCUGAACUCAAAACAUUUUCGGAAAAAUUACAAAAUAUGCCGGAGGGCACAUUUCGAAAGCUGCCGAUCGGUGAAGCAAUGUUGCAGUUGCAUAGUAAAGCCUUGGUAGAUGAAAAGGAAAGUUCGCAAUUUGUUCCAUUCCUUUCCGAAAUUCGGAUUGGCCAAUUAGAAGAAGACGUGGAAAGUUGUACAAUGUCUAUACGGAUUAACGACGAAACUCAGGGUGUUUUUGCUGUGCAGCAAUUAUCUCCUCCGUUAACCCCGCAUAAUAUAAAAAUAUCUGAUUCACAGGAUCUCCUUAUCGAAUACUGGAUACCUAAUAAUCAAAACAAUGACGGCGGUGCAAGUAUUGGUACCAGCAGCGGUGCCACUGGAGCAGUAAAACGCGAACCUCAAUUUUUAAAAUGCUCAAUUCGGUCGGCAUUUCGUUCAUUUGCAGUAUUCCGGAAACCAUUCAGUGCUCUUCUCUCUUUUCAAUUCGUGAAGGAGCGAAGGCGCGAUAAAAUGUUGCAUAAAUUUGGAAUGAAGAAAGUACAACGGAAUGAAUCAGAUAGUCAAAGUUCAGUUCAAUGUAUCAGCAAUGUGGCACGUUUGAUCUGCAGUGGGAAACAUCCUCUUACAGUCUUGAUCGAUGGUUGUGUGUGGUCAGAAAUACGUUUUUUCCAGAUCUCUGCUCAGUGGCAAACACACGUAAAAUAUUUUCCAGUUUUGCAAGCAGAAGUAUUAUGA